UGUAGGGGCCAUCUUUUGAAAUGCAUAGGCUAUAUAUAUAGGAUAAAUGCUAAUAGGCAUAUGUUACAGUUCCAUCCCCGUGAAUUCACAAAAUUAGAAUUUGAUCCGUGAAGCUGUGUUCAUUCCAUGGUUCAUUCACAAAUCGCCAAUUUAAUGGGGCGUGGCUAUCGUAGCGGCGACAUAAGAAGACUCCCUGGAGCUGAGGUCACACCACCAGUGGCUUGUAUCUUAUAGUAGGGCCAUACCUCCAGACUCAUAGGCUAAAUAAAACAAUAAUAUCACUGGAUAAUCACAUCGGACUACUAAAAGAGUCGUUUGGAGCUUUAUUUUUUUUUUUUACAUUUUAGGCAGAGGAUUCACACAUUUGUUUACAAUGAAAUUCCACAUGGAUUUAUUUCUAUUGACAUUUAUUGUGAACGCGAACUGCUCUGCUGCUAUAUAUUGGCUUGGACUUACUGUAAAUGGGAGUUCUUUAGGCUGGAAUCAAACUAAUCAUUGCAAGCUGCUAGACGCGUUGGCCCAUGAGCAAUUGCAACUUUGUCGGCGAAAUAUCGAGUUGAUGCACAGUAUUGUCCACGCCGCCAAGAUGACCAAAAAUACAUGUCAGAACACCUUCCGUGACAUGCGGUGGAACUGUUCCUCUGUUGAAAAAGCCCCUCGUUUUACACCAGAUUUAGCAAAGGGCACCAGGGAGUCUGCGUUUGUGUUCUCACUAGCUGCUGCCGUAGUGAGUCACUCCAUCGCCAGAGCCUGCUCUUCUGGAGAGCUCCCCAGCUGCUCGUGCGCCCCAGCCCCUGCUGAACAGGCCGGGCCCGACUUCAAAUGGGGAGGAUGUGGUGAUAACCUCCACUAUGGUCUCCAAAUGGGAUCUGCUUUUUCUGAUGCACCGAUGAGAAACAGCAGAUCUGGCUCUCAGCCGUUCAGACUGAUGAACUUGCACAAUAAUGCAGUUGGAAGACAGGCACUUAUUGAUGCCCAGGAGACCAAUUGCAAAUGCCAUGGGGUGUCUGGGUCCUGCUCUGUCAAAACAUGUUGGAAGGGCCUCCAUGAUAUUAAUCACAUUGCCAUGGAUCUCAAAUCCAAGUACCUGUCUGCCACCAAGGUGAUCCAUCGUCAUGUUGGGACAAGGAAGCAGUUGGUCCCCAGAGAGUUGGAUUUUCGACCAGUGAGAGAGAGUGAUUUGGUCUACCUGAUCAGCUCUUCGGAUUACUGCACAUACAAUGAGAAGCAUGGCUCACUCGGCACACAGAACAGACAGUGCAAUAAGACAUCCAACGACAGUGGGAGUUGCAAUAUAAUGUGCUGUGGUCGCGGCUACAAUGCCUUCACUGAGAGAAUUGUGGAGAGGUGCCAAUGCAAGUAUCACUGGUGCUGCUAUGUCACCUGCAAGAGGUGUGAAAGGACAGUGGAGAGAUAUGUAUGCAAAUAAACUUUGCAUAGAGACACUUGAGUAAACAUGAAGCACUAUUUUAACCACCAUAUCUUGUCAAGCUGUGCUGGCCCAGGUCACCUGACCUAACUCCCCGUGUAGUAGUACGUAGUCUGCAGGCUACAGUACAAUAAAAAACAAGAGGAACAACUCACAUACAAUACCAAAGAUAAACAGAUGGAUCUGGACUCCUCUGUUACCUCUUUUAUAGAGACUGGAGGAGGCCACUACUGUGAAAAAUAUUGUGUUACUUGAAGAGAAAAUGUGAUUGAUUGGGAGCUGUUAGCUAUUCAUGCUUGAUUAGUAACAUGUUCCUCAAUAGAAUAUUAGUUGAAUUGAUUACAAAGGAGGUACCCUAAAUGCAAACCAUCCAGUCAGCUUUAAGUUGUUCAACUGACACUGAAAAGCUUUUAACAAUUUACAUCUUACUCAUUAACUAAAUUGCCAAAUGAGAGGUAGAAUAGCUGAUUGAUCUAAUUUGAAUGUCCAUUUUUUUCAAAAGGGGCUAAUGCCAUAUACUCCUCAGUUUAGGUACAUUCUGAUCAUAGGCAUACAUAAUACAUUUUAGCUGUAUUUUUUGUUUUUAUUAAUACAUUAGGCAUGUUGAUGUACAUAAGUGCAAUUUUAUAUUUAUUUCUA